AUGGCAGGAAUGUUCCAAAGUUACCUCUUCAAUUUUGCCACUGCUGCUACAAAAAAGAUAUCUGAAUCUGUUGCCGAAACAGCACAGACAAUAAAGAAGUCUGUAGAAGAAGGAAAAAUCGACAGUAUCAUUGAUAAGACAAUUAUUGGAGAUUUUCAGAAGGAACAGAAAAAGUUUGUCCAAGAGCAGCAAACAAAAAAAUCAGAAGCAGCAGUGCCUCCCUGGGUAGACAGCAAUGAAGAAGAGACAAUUCAACAACAAAUACUGGCCUUGUCAGCAGAUAAAAGAAACUUUCUGCGGGAUCCUCCAGCAGGUGUGCAGUUUAAUUUUGACUUUGAUCAAAUGUACCCUGUUGCAAUGGUGAUGUUACAGGAGGAUGAACUUCUCAACAGGAUGAGGUUUGAUCUCGUUCCCAAACAUGUCAAGGAGGAGGUGUUCUGGAGAAAUUAUUUCUACAGGGUGUCCUUAAUUAAACAGUCUGCACAACUCACUGCUCUUGCAGCUCAACAGCAAGCAGUAGGAAAAGAAGAGAACAAAAGUAGAGAUGAUGACAGUCAACUGAAAGAAACAGUACGGCCAAAAACACCACCUGUUACAAUAAAGCCUCAAAUAAAAUCUCAAGAGGACGAGGAAGAGAUUUCCACAAGUCCAGGUGUAUCGGAAUUCGUGAGCGAUGCUUUUGAUGCCUGUAAUCUGAAUCAGGAAGACCUAAGAAAAGAAAUGGAACAACUGGUGCUAGACAAAAAGAAAGAGGAGACCUCAGUAGUAGAAGAAGAAACUGCUGAUUGGGAAAAGGAAUUGCAACAAGAGCUUCAAGAGUAUGAGGUGGUGACAGAAUCAGAAAAACGUGAUGAAAACUGGGAUAAAGAAAUAGAAGAAAUGCUGCAAGAAGAAAAUUAAGCAUUUUCUAAAUAUCACUGUAACCCUAAGCUUUUUAUGAGGACUGACUGGAUUUCUGCUUUCGUAUUUUGCUUACGCAAGAUUUUCAAAAGACAUCAAAGAAUAUAAAAUCAUUAUAAUUCCAUAUAGGGAUACAACCAGUAUUUCUGUUCUUUAUAUGAGCAGUUUCUGAACUUCUAUGUUCUUCAAAAGAAAACAAA